AUGCUGCGAACGUUGCUGCGCAGCCCGCGCCUGAGCGCCGACUGGACCGGCCACUACGAGCACAAGGCCAUCGCAUGGGUCGAGCUAGUCCUCGAUGGUACGAUGAUGGCAGCCUCGUACGCGAUUGCGACGCGACUCGAGGCGGCGACCGCGCUGCCCGAUGUCGUCGAGCCGCUUGUGCUCUUUGGCCUCUUUGUCUCGCUAUGGCAGCUGCACACGCACUUCCACGCGCGCUUUGCCGAGACGUCCUUCCUGCAUUACCUGCUCUUGUACUUUGUCGUCGCCGGCGUCGCCUCCAUGGUGCUCUCGCCCACUGUCGGCGCUGCUUUUGGGUAUGGCCUCCUGCUAUCGCAUCUCGCGACGCUCGCCAUGUACAUCAACGCCUUCGCCAUGCUGUCGGAGACGCGAUCGCGGCUCUGGCCCGACCUCUGUCUCUUGAGCGCCAGCAGCAUCGUGAUCGGGCUCAGCCUCGCGGUGCCUUGCAUUGCGUUUGCCUGCUACGUGGGCGCGCUUUGCCUCGAAACCAUUGUACAGUUCCUGUGGGCGAUCAAGCGCUAUUGCGUCCCGCGCGUGCCGCUCACGAUCGCGAUCCCCGUCUCAAUCGAGUACAUUGCCGAGCGCCACGGCACGUACGUCGUCGUCGUGCUCCUCCAGGCGACGCUCGGCGUGCUCUUCACCACUGCGGCGCCGCCGCCGACGCAAGCCGUGCACUCGAGCCUCCACCUCUCACUUCUGCUCGUGUUUACGAUGGCCAUGUUCUACUUUGCAGUCCAGCCGCCGCGCGAACUCCAUGCGAUGCGGCGGUCGGUGGCCCACGGCGUCUUAUUUGUCGCGGUCCACUACGCGCUGCUGCCGACGCUGCUCGUGGUAGGUGUCGCCGCCAAGCUCGCAAUGACAGCGGUCGCCAACCAGCGUGCACUGCCGCCGCACGGGCUCUGGCUCCUCUUUGGCAGUAUCUCGGCAACGAUGUUGGCGAUGCUGCUGCUCCGACUCGCUCAUUAUGGCGGCCGGAAGCCACUCGACUCGGACGCGGCCAAAGUACGGUGCAUCAAAGCCUACUGGUGGGUGCCGAUCGGCCUCUCAUCGCUGCUGCCGCUGGCCAUUGCGUGCGUCCUGCAGGUCAUAUCCUAUGAGGGCGUGGACCCGAUGCUGGCGCUGGGUGUCGCGGCGGCGUUGCUCUUGCUCUGGGUCAUUGCCGAGACGCUCGUCAUGCACAGGCUCGUCGGCCGCGCCUUCCAGGCGACUGCCAAGACAGGCGAAACCGAACCGCUGCUCGUCGAGCGGUCACCGCGCAAGCGUGGGCGCACGAGCAGCUUCUUUACGGACGACGACUAG